UCGGCAGCCAGUCCGUACCAAUCUGUUUCCACUGUUGAGCUGAGCACGGACGAGCACCGGGAAAGUCGGAAACGGAACGGGAUCGGUAUGAAACGUCCAUUCAGCCCAUCAGAUCUGCCGAACAGCGAACUGGACAGGAGGGGCUUUGGUGCCGCGCUGGGAGUUCAGAUGGACGUCGAGCAUUGCUGCGAAACCCGGGAUGAGGGUGCAGUACCAGAUGAGCAGUCACCAGGGGGCGCCUUGCCUUCUGCACUCUUAAAACCCAAAAGGGAGAGGAAGCAGCGAAGCUACACCUUGUGUGAGGUCUGCAACAUCCAACUCAACUCAGCCGCACAGGCCCAAAUUCACUAUAACGGCAAAUCGCACCAGAAGAGACUCAAGCAGAUCAGCAAUGGCAAGAUACCAAGCAACACAGGUACGUCGACCCAGGGCAGCCCCCUUCUGGCUUCCCUCCCCGUCCCAGGACGACCUCUGCAGCCCCAGCUCGACCUCAAACACCUCCUGCCCUUCAGACUCAAUGGAUCCUCCCCCCUCAGCCUCUUCCCCAACUUUAAUACGAUGGACCCUGUCCAGAAGGCAGUGAUCAACCACACAUUUGGUGUCCCUCAGCCCCUCAAGAAGAAACAGAUUAUCUCCUGCAACAUUUGCCACCUGCGCUUUAACUCAACGAACCAAGCAGAAGCCCACUAUAAGGGCCACAAGCACGCCCGGAAACUCAAAGCCAUGGAGGCCCAGAAGAACAGGCAGCGACGAGCUGGGGAGGCCUCAUCCACUGGGAGGGACAGAGACAGAGACCGGGAACGAGACCGGGACAGGGGCAAGACAUCAGCGUCCGAGGCAGCUCUUCCUGCGCUCAUGGAUACAAGCUUAGUGGAGGGAACAAGUCUUCAAACUGAACUAGAACCAGUCAACCUGGAGGUGAAGCUCGAGGAGAGUCCCAGGAGCUCAGUUAUGCUGACGCCAGUAUCAGAGGUUUCCUCUGUUGAGUUGGUCACCCUUUCCCCUCCUCAGAUUUCACCUUCCUCACAGCUUUCUGAAACUGCCUCAGACACCAGUGCCCCUGAAGUCCCAGAGGCUGCCGAGGCUGCCGAGGCCGCAGGCCUGACUACUGAGCCAGGCAGCCAUGCAGACACAUCCAGCACAAAUGGGGAACCACACACAGAUGAAGACAAGGAGUCCAAGAAGAGCAAAGCUCACCUCCAUUGUACUGUUUGUAAAGUGACAGUCAACUCCCUCUCCCAACUGGAAGCACAUAACAGCGGUACAAAGCACAAACUGAUGCUGGAAGGUCACAGCGUUCUGCCACGACGCAGGGGGAAGGUGGUGGCAGCUCGUGCUGGGUGCAAGAGUAAACGGCUGGGCAGCAAAGGCAGCGUCGGGGUGCCCAGCAAGAACUUCCAGUGUGAAGUGUGUGAGAUCUUUGUGAACUCUGAGACCCAGCUGAGCCAGCACAUGAAUAGCAGAAGGCACAAGGAUAGACUGGCUGGUAAACCACCCAAACCCAAAUUUACCCCCCACAGCAAGAGCCAGCCAAGCUCCAGCUUAGCGACCGUGAGAUGGAGUGGCUAUGCAGGCGUGGCUGUGUCUGCCAUGAAGAAAGCGUUCAGCCAGUACAACCUCACCUCCUUCUCCUCGCAGACCAAACUGGCCUUGCAGAAGCAGCUGACCAAGAGCUUGACAACUGGCUUCCUGCCUAGUCCCCUCACCCCGCCAACUCUGUGCACAGUGGCAACUAACCCACUGGCCUUGCGCCACCCAGUGGGCACCACCACCUUCAUCCAGACCCCCUUCCUGGGCCCUGCACUGUUUCGGCCUGCCCCGGGGCCACUGCGGGCCACACACACCCCCAUCAUCUUCUCCCCCUACUAAAGACUUAACACACUUCCCAUUUGAGCUCCUACCCUGUCCCCUUACCAAACCCCAGGCCCAACUUCAGUGUGACCCACGUGACAAAGGCCACACGCAAACUAUGCAGCCCGCCUGACUUAAGAUGGAAACAGUGCACAAGUCCUGAUGCUCAGUAGGCCACAACGCCUGAGAGCUAUUCCUAUUAUAAAGGCCAAGAUUCCCCUAUCAUGCCUUCUUUCUGCUCCUCUUACCAUGACCUAAGGAGCAGGACAGGCCUCCAGACAGUGACUGGUGCACAGAGGCCGCUUUUAUAGCCAUUUCAUGGGUCAACAUGGUUUGGAUUAUGGAUAUUAUUGUGUAAUUUAUUAGAGAACAAAUAUAGACAAGUCUAGAUGUAUGUUUAGUGUGGUUGCCACAAAAUAAGGUCCCUUUACUUGAUGCUCUUUUAAAAUGUUUUUAACUUAUUGGUUAGGGGGUUUUAUGGAAAGCGGGAUGAUCAUACGAUAGGUCAUUAAAACAGGUCUACCCCUGUAUGACUGGACAGGCCAGUCUCACUGAUCUGUGUUUUCAGCUGACAAACUUAAAGGAUAAUCUGCAGUCAAAUGUUGUCACAUUGCAUCUUGGAUAUGGCCAUUUUAAAACAACUCUCUGAUCAAGUACCCAUUCUCAACUUUAAGCUUUUGGGGGACAAAUAUGAGUCCUCUUUGUGGACAGUAUGUGGAUUUAUAACUACAUAUAUCCAUAUACUAAAGCCCCAGUACCACCAUUUUGCAUCUAAAGCCCCCUCCCUAAUGCAAUUUAUUUGAGCCCUUAAAAGAUUUUCUUCCUCUCUUUCUUUCUGAGUCACAGCCAUAGUCACAGCCCUCCAGAUUUCUUUUUUCCUUUCCUGUAUCCCCAGGAUUAAGCACUCAUCGAGGUCCAGAAAAGGUCAGCUUGUCAACUUGACUUUGUUUCAAUUUGCAAAUCUGUCUUCAGAAUGAUUUUUAUUGGUCCAGUGAAUCAUUCACGCAAUGGAGCUUGAACAUUAUGUUCUCGCCAAGCUAGAAGCACAAAAGCAUUUUUGCAACUAUGGGUGUCUUACUUUGCAAAAUUUCUUUCCUUCAUGACUGCUCUUUGUCUUUUCCUUCCUCCCUCACCCGGCUGCCGUCGCCUCGCUGUUGCCCUUGAUUUUCUCUGACGUUAUCUCAGCAUGAGCUGAUGAGGAGCAGGGAAAGCCUCCCCCCAACACACAAUCACACACAUAAUGAAAAUACACAAUGGAUAACUUGAAGACUUGAUGGGAUUUCAGAGCUCGCUGAAAAGUUUGGAUGACAGUGUGUGGGGAGGCUGCUCAGCCAGCACUUGAUUGACAUCCUGUAGCAGUGUCUGCGUACAGUGUGGGAGGGAACGAAGAACAGUGCCAUGGCAACCACAUUAAAAGCACCUUAAAACUGAUUUACUUACGAAAGCAAUGAAAAUUGUGUUGUUAUUCACCUUUUUUGCUCUACGUGUAUGUUUUUACAAUCGCGUCAAUUUCAGUGAGAAUUUUUCUUUGGAAAAAAAAAAAAAACGACAACAAUCAGGUGAGAGUGAUCACUUUAUGGUUUAUCCAUGACUAAGACAAGUCUCACAUUUAAAGCAAUACAUUCGGUAUGUUUAUGUUUAUGAUGUGUUUUCAGCGUGUCAGUGGCUUUAUCUAUUCUAUACUGUACACACCUGUAACAAUGUAUUAUGUACUCCAACACAGCCACAGGCCAACUCUGAGUUGUCGGCGAAGAGUCAUUUGAAAUGAUGGGUUGUCCUGAUGGUGCUGCCCUUGAUGCUUGAUGCUCAUGGUCAGUCUUCACAUGUUUUGACUCCAGGCUGAGCCGUUCCAUUUAUAGCUGCUCUCGCGCUGGGCAGAGGGUGCUUCAGCGCCAUAUGACAUUGCUGUUUCCCUUAAGUAGUGGAGCAGGAGAACUUUUGUAUGACUUCCACUGAGCAAAACAACGUUACGUCAGAGGCAGGCGUUUGGGAUAAGUGUCACAAGUGCAACAUCAACUGUCAUAUUGCUGUUCAUGCUCGUAUGCUGUCUCCCCCACCCUCCCCUAUCCUGAACGUCUACAAACACUCAGCCCUCCCUCUGCCAAAAUGGACUGUUGGCAAGGUCUCAUAAGGACUCGGAGCGCACACAUCAUCCUUCCUUCAACAGUCAUACCAAAUCAUGUUCUCUUAAAUUACAGUAAUGGAGCGAAUCCUAUGCAUUUCUCAUUGUGCAAUAUGUAUAGUUGUCUGUGAUGCAGCAGUGCCAUCUGUCGUGAAAUCCCUGUAAUUGCCAUCCAGUACUAGUGCUUUUACAAGACCUUUGAUCCUAUGUACAUUUCUGUUUAAGGAACCCCAAGUCUUUUUGGGUAAGCGAAGCCACCCUCCCCCCCCCCCCUCCCCCCAGUCCAUACCGAUGUGAUUCUCCCCGGUCGCACUACUCAGUGAACCAGCCAGCCUUUAAUCUUCACUGUUUGUUUCUAUCGCUCAGUGGGAACUCUGACCUAAAGAAUUAAAACUUUUCUUAAAAUAAAGAAUCUAGAGAAGGCAAAUUAUAUGUAGAAAUCAUAGAGUAACUAUAGAGAUUUUAUCAGAGUUGCUAUUGUUAUCUGUAUCACGAUGAACUGCUAUCAUAGGAGAAAGUAGGUUAUGUUAUCGUAGGCUCUGUACGGCAUACAGGAAAAGGAGAAAUGCUUUGCUUUCUUUUUUCGUUUGUUUGUUUAUUUACAUGGUUUUACCAAUAUGUUUUUUUAAGUACAAGAGAAAAUAUUUAAAACGCAAUUUUUUUGAGUGAGCUUUUUUUUCCUCCUUGUUGACAAUGUCUGAAUUAAUAACUUUAUUCCAGGCCUUUUUAGACAAUAUCCUAAAGUCACAUUAGCCAGGCCUUCUCAGGGGUGACAGGUUGAACAAAAGCUAACAUGACCAUCCAUUCAGGGUAUCCCUCCAUAGCUCUAGAGAGCAGGAAACACUGUACGCAUGGAUGGAUUGAUAAACAAAACUUACAGUGCUGUAUAUU